CGAACUCCAAAGGAGAACCCAAAUUAAAAACGCUCGUUAACAUUUAGAAGAACUGCGUAACGCGUAUUUUAAUCUAGUCCAACUCCGAAAUAAUAACUUUCCAUUCGUAUAACCACAUGCACGAUUACUUCUCCGGAACUGGACCUUAUUCACUAUUAUUUAUUGACUUUUAUUUUUAUUUUCAUUUUGUUUGGGUUGUGACAGCGUUGCAACGCCCUGCGUUCUGCGUUCUGCAUUCUGCGGAACCUCAACGCUGGAACCCUGAACUACAAUAAACCAAACAGAAAAGCCGAAACAUGAUUAUAACUAGCGACCGAAAUAUCCCAUCAAUAAUUACAAUAUUUGGUCUAACAGCAUCGUCUUUCUUAUCCAACCAGAAUUAUACAGUCUAAUACUGGCCACGUGCUCAUUCAUUCGUUGGCACUCUCUGGAAGAUCUACACCGAGCACGAAACAGCCGCCAUUCAACCAACCCCUUACUCACCUUGACCUUGACCUUUACCUCGACCUCUGUCGCUAAAAGUCUUACCGUUCGAGAGGCUACCAGGCUACCAGGCUACCAAGCUACCAAAUUGUCUUAUUAGAUGAUCCUGGGAGAAUAGGAAGUUUAUUCGGUUCAGUAAUGAAUGCCGUGGGAGCACCAGGGACGGCAUAUUGUAGGCUUAUAGAGAUUGCCCCUCAUCAUCAUGGAGUCAAACGGUCAAGAUGGACCUGACGACUCAUCCUUGAAACCAGUCUCGUCCUUAAGGUCCCAUUUCGAGAAUAUGAACAAGCCCAAAGAUGGCUCAGCAACAUCUACUCAAUCUCAACCCCCACCUACGACGCGAAAUCAGUCGCCAUCCCCAAAGCCUCCCCCGAUUCCCGAGACGAGACCUACCCGGAGUAUAAAUAUACCACAUGAUAGUGGAAGACCGAAGCCAAAGGAGAUCCUGGAUACUGCAGGUCUUCAUUCUACCCAAAUCGCGAACUCCUCGCCGUUAAGCCCUAGACCUAUCAGACCCCCUUCCGUCCUGAUUGAGCCGCCUCACUCACCACCGAAAGCAAGACCGCUUUCCAUCCUGCAAAGCGAUACAAAUGCUCACCUUUUACCCAAUUCUUCAAAAGCCCCCAAUGCCCCCAUUUCUUCGUCGCCUCAGCCGUUAAAGAUUUCUAGUCGACCGCAUACUCCUAUACUUGAGCCUGGCCGAUCCCCUAGAUUUCCUGCUGCUCAACCGCCCUCACCACCUCCUCCACGAAGAUCAGCUGAGCUUAGAAGAGAACGCGAAUUUAGGGCGUCACCACCGGUUCCUCCGCCCGUGAAUCGCGCCGAAAAGCCAGCUAAUAGACUUUCAAGGCUGAUGGAAAAUGCAAACAAGCUGUCAUUGACACAUCAGAUUGCAGAGAAACGUUCGCCGUUUAAUAGCCCUCCUUCAGACGCUAGCAGUCCUGAUCGUGAUGAACCGCCAGUUCUCCCAAAUCGACCAGCACGGCCGACAGUUCAAACGACCGUGCCGAGAACCAGCGCACUGCCGUCAGGCUUCGACCCUCCCCCGGUUCACCAUACGAUUGCAACCAUCCGUCGAGACCACGAAAUCAAUGGAAAUGCUAGAUCACCUGUCACUCCCCAGCUCGCAGAAGAUCGACCCACUCUCCCGGCUCGACCCCAGACUGUGACGGAUCCAGUUUCUGCCCGCAUUCCAGCAAAUCCAGCUACCAGGCCGCCACCUCGACCUCCGAGACCUGUUGUGGCUACUAAUAAUGCAAACAAUGAAAGUCCCCUGUCUCCUCAACCUAAACGUGUAGUUUCAACACCAACUACUCAAUUCGCGCCACCCCCAUCACGUCCUCAGGGAAGGUCCUUAGCAGUAGACAGAUACCCAGAAAAACCCACAGUCGAGUAUCGUGAUUCUACGAGAAGAAUAGCUGCUGAUGCAGAGAGCCGCAUUCCAGAAUCCCCAGGCCCCACUCCCGCGAGCCAAGUAGAAAUUGUGACUCAAUUUCCGGAUACUACUAAAGUAAACCGGCGGCCGCCUUUUAUCAAGCAAGGGACUCAUGAAAUUUGCACCAAGUAUGAUACGAGGAAAUUUGAUGUUUGCGGACAGUACGUAUGUACUACUGGUCACCUCACCCGAGUCUGGAACCUGCUUGACGGCGAGCUCCUCAUGAGCUUCGCACAUGGGGAGGGGAUUAAAGCGACAGCCGUGGCAUUUAAACCUACGGCGGAUAUGCAAGAUGAAGGGACACGAAUUUGGAUCGGCAACAGUGUUGGCGAGAUUAUCGAAGCCGAUGUCACAUCUCGUGGUAUUACCGAGAGCAAGACGAACGCUCAUGGUCGGUACGAAAUAGUCAAGAUAUACAGGCACUAUAAUGAGAUGUGGUCUCUGGACGAAGGGGGUACCUUGCACGUCUGGGGACCGGAGAGCGACGGGGUCCCCAAUCUAAGUGGCAAUCCUCAUCAAACCUAUAGAUUGCCCAAAGGACACACCUUUUCGAUGGUAGUCGAAGAAGAUUUGUGGCACGCAACAGGCAAAGAACUCCGCAUCUUUACACCGACCACCGGCGGUCGAAAUCAACUGCAAGUCCUUAUGAGGCCUCUAGUAUCAGAAGGGGCGGGCGAAAUCACGUCCGGAGCUCUUCUUAAAUCGCAGCCUGGGAAAGUGUUCCUCGGUCACAGCGACGGCAAAGUCAGCAUCUACUCUCAAAAAGAUUAUACAUGCCUCAGCGUGCUCAAUGUCAGCUCCUACAAGAUUAAUUCUCUAGCCGGUGUGGGUGGUUAUAUGUGGGCAGGCUUCAAUAACGGGAAGAUAUGUGUGUACGAUGUUACAGAGACACCCUGGGUUUUAAAGAAGGACUGGCAAGCUCACGAUAACCCGGUUAUCAAAAUGAUUGCAGAUUCGGCGAGCAUCUAUAAGCUCGAUCGCUUCCAGGUCGUUACCCUUGGAGCCGAUAAUACGAUCAAAUGUUGGGACGGCUUACUUCAAGAUGACUUCUUGGAAAACGAGAUGAAGUCUCUCGAUUCGCAAUAUUGUCAAUUUGAAGACAUCAAACUUCUGGCCAUGACGUGGAAUGCUGGAGCAUCAACCCCAAACAGCUUAAGAUACUCAGAGUCCGAUGCCAUGUUUAUGCAAAAUCUGCUGCAGUCGAGCGAUUCUCCCGAUAUCCUGAUCUUUGGAUUCCAGGAGCUUGUCGAUCUAGAAGACAAAACCGCGACGGCGAAGCGCUUUUUCAAGCCGAAGAAGAAAGAUGCAUCGGACCAAGAACGAAUGAGCCAUCAAUAUCGAGAUUGGAGAGAUUUCCUCGUUAGAUGUCUGGACGACUAUAUGCCCGCGGAACAUCUCUAUCACCUCCUUCACACGGCAACUCUAGUAGGCCUUUUUACUUGCAUAUUUGUGAAAUCGACUCUCCGUGAUCGUAUACGAAAUAUCAGCGGCGCCGAGAUAAAACGCGGAAUGGGAGGCUUGCACGGGAACAAAGGCGCCAUUGUUGUGCGGUUCAUGGUAGACGAUACAUCGCUGUGCUUUAUCAAUUGCCAUCUUGCGGCGGGACAAUCAUCAGCGAACCAGCGACAUAACGAUAUCGCGGCAAUUAUGGAGAGCGCUCUCCUCCCCGCGGAGCGCGAUCCAAGCGUCCGUAUCGACAGUUAUGUGGGUGGUGGUGACGGCACCAUGGUCCUUGAUCACGAGUUAUGUCUACUUAAUGGUGACCUCAAUUACCGCAUUGAUACUAUGUCGCGGGAUACAGUCGUGAUCGCUGUAAAGCAAAAUAAUCUAGCCAAACUUCUUGAACGGGAUCAGCUCCUCGUAGCUCGUCGGAGAAACCCUGCAUUCAAGCUUAGGGCCUUUGACGAGAUGCAUAUCGAAUUUCCCCCCACGUACAAAUACGACGUGGGAACGGACAAUUAUGACACUAGUGAGAAGAAACGCUCCCCAGCUUGGUGUGAUCGCCUCCUUCACCGAGGUUUUGGUAGAAUACAGCAACUUGAGUACAGACGGCACGAGGUCCGGGUAUCAGACCACCGGCCCGUGAGUGGCCAGUUCAGGUUUACUGUCAAGUCUAUCUCACCUAAGAAGCGGACAUUAGCUUGGGCGGACUGCCAGCAACGCUUCGAGAACCUCAAGGAGAAGGAGGCAACUGCGGAGAAGUGAGUCUAAUCGCAUUCCCCCUUCUCCCCCCUUUUAGCGUAUAUGAUACGGUCUCGCUAACAUUUUACACAGGCUUUACUAUCUUACGAAGGUCAUCGGUUACGAUUCAGAUACGAGCAUGAGAUUGAUACGUGAAAGGGCUGUCAGAUAAUAGGCCGGUCCGGAUUCACGUAGAAGAAUAAUACGAUAGCGAAGCAACCAAGACCAAUUCUACAAAUAGAGUUGGAAGAGUAAAUGACGUGGAAAACGAAGGGAUCUGCCAACACCCGAGAGGAAGAGAGAGAGAGAGAGAGAGAGAGACGACGAAGCAGGUUUAAUGAAAUAGAGAGCCAGCGCGAUGAUUACCUGUUACAAUGUAGCACGAUAAAAGGUUAGCAGAUCCGCCAUCAAAGGUGGACUGUUAUUACUGUAAUUACUGGUUAGAUGGUUGGGCUUAUGAGAGAUGAAUAUUGUCGACAUUAAGAAGCGACGAUAAAGAAAGAAUUAUCAUAGAGAAUCAAGAAAAAUAAUGAAUUCCAAAGAGAAA